AUACUGGGCUGUGACAAAUGUGGACUACAUUCACACAAGGAACGGGUCACGUAUUGUGACAAUGAUUGUCGUGGUUUGGUUUCUCCGUUCUAGUCGCAAUAAAUCUGACAACCAGCAAGCCUCCCUAGCUUUAGUGGAAGGACAAUCCUCGACCGAGGUUCUCGCUGAGGAGGAAGCCCAGAUAAGCAGUGAGGACCAGGUGACAGGAGCAGGAGGAGGAGGAGGAGGAGGAGGUGGAGGAGAGGGAGAAGUAGCUGUCACCACUGCCUUCACAAUAUCUUCGCCUAGCACUGAUACGAAUCAUAGGGUGAAGGAGGAGGAUGAAGAGACGGGGAAGGAGGUGAAUGAGAAUCAGGUCACAAACAACAACAGCAGCGUGACGUCAGCAUCGCUAAGCUCCGCCACUUACCCCCACCAUCGCUAG